AUCCUAUAUAUCCUACAUACAUAAAUACACAACUCAACUUGCCAAAAUCUUUGUAAGUUGGAUAAGUUGAUCCUUUAGGAAAUGACAGAGCAUUGGAAUCAGACAGCUCUUCUAGUCAUAGACAUACAGAAAGAUUUUAUAGAUGAUGAGAGUCCUAUACGACUAAAAGGAGGGAAAGAUAUUGUCCCAAAUGUGAUCAAGGCUGUUGAGGUUGCUAGACAACGUGGAAUUCUCAUUGUUUGGGUGGUACGCGAACACGAUUCCUUAGGAAGAGAUGUUGAAAUGUUUCGUCGACAUCUAUACACAUCAGGGAAUGUCGGUCCAGCAACGAAAGGAAGCGAAGGUGCAGAAUUAGUUGACGGUCUCGUCAUUAAAGAAGGAGAUUAUAAACUUGUGAAGACAAGGUUUAGUGCAUUCUUUUUUACACACCUUCAUUCAGUCCUUCAAGGAGCAGGAAUCAAUAGUCUAGUGGUCACCGGUGUUCAAACUCCAAACUGUAUCCGGCAAACUGUCUUUGAUGCUGUAGCAUUGGACUAUCAACAUGUGACUGUUCUUGUUGAUGCCACAGCAGCAGCAACACCUGAUAUUCAUCUUGCCAAUGUGUUUGACAUGAAAAAUAUUGGAGUUGCAACCCCGACAUUACAAGAAUGGAGUGAAUCCAAAGCUUAAUCUGUAUGGACCUGCAUUAUGCAACUUUGUGUACCAUGUUAUGUUCAAUUUCAAGACUCAAAGGCAUUGAUAUAUUUUGGAUAUCUGAAAUAAAAUUAUGUACUCCUAUAUAUGCUACUUGGUUGCAACCAUAAAAUAACAUGUUAAUUGCACAUCAAUAUAUAUUAACUGUAUUGUCUUUAUAUCUCUAUAAUAAUCGCACCACUUGAUAAUGUACCUGAAACUGUAUCUUAUCUACACA